GGUGGUUUUGUUUUGCGUUCCCUUCUCCUGGGCUUUGGCUUUGGAAUUGUCUGGCUACCUGGAUACGCCUUGCCUUUGUGGGCAUCAGAUGCCAGCUCUGAAAAGCUCUUCAACACUGUUAUUGUAAACAAAGAUCCAGAGUUAGGUGUUGGCACGCUGCCUGAACAUGACAACCAGGAUGCAGGGCCGAUUGUCCCCAAGAUAUCUGGCCUAGAGAGGAGCCAGGAGAAGAGCCAGGACUGUUGCAAAGAGCCGACCUUUGAGCCUGUGGUGCUUAAGGACCCGUGUCCUCAGGGCCCCCAGCCACUACCCCAGCAGCCCGUGGAGCCCCAGCUCCGAGCUCCUUCUCCAAAUCCUGACGUGGUGCAGCGUGUGGAGGCCCCCACCCAACCACCCCCUCCGAGUACUCAGCUGCCACAAGGCGCCCCAGAGGCCCAGCUGCAGCCCGCCCCGCAGCCUCAGGUGCAGCGGCCACCCCGGCCACAGUCCCCCACACAGCUGCUUCACCAGAGCCUCCCGGCGGUGCAGGCGCCCCCCUCAACCCAGGGCCUCUCCCAGCCACUGUCCGCCUACAACAGCAGCAGCUUGAGCCUCAACAGUCUCAGCAGUAGCAGAAGCAGCACUCCAGCGAAGACCCAGCCCGCCCCUCCUCACAUCUCCCACCACCCCUCCGCUUCCCCGUUUCCCCUCUCCCUGCCCAAUCACAGCCCCCUGCACAGCUUCACACCCACCCUCCAGCCCCCUGCACACUCACAUCACCCCAAUAUGUUUGCCCCUCCCACUGCUUUGCCUCCUCCACCACCACUGACAUCAGGGAGUCUGCAGGUCCCCGGACACCCUGCCGGGAGCACUUACUCAGAGCAAGACAUCUUGCGCCAGGAACUGAACACCCGAUUUUUGGCCUCUCAGAGUGCUGACCGCGGGGCAUCCCUGGGCCCUCCACCCUACCUGCGGACAGAGUUCCACCAGCACCAGCACCAGCACCAGCACACACACCAGCACACGCACCAGCACACCUUCACGCCCUUCCCCCACGCCAUCCCACCCACCGCCAUCAUGCCGACGCCAGCACCUCCCAUGGUGCGUACCCCAGGCAGAAAUUUUGACAAAUACCCUACAAAAGUUGACCCCUUCUACCGGCACAGUCUCUUCCAUUCCUACCCUCCUGCAGUAUCGGGCAUCCCCCCCAUGAUCCCACCCACUGGCCCUUUUGGUUCACUACAAGGAGCAUUUCAGCCCAAGACAUCCAACCCUAUCGAUGUCGCCGCUCGGCCUGGGACAGUCCCACACACUUUACUCCAAAAGGACCCGAGGUUGACAGAUCCUUUCAGACCUAUGUUAAGGAAACCAGGGAAGUGGUGUGCAAUGCAUGUUCACAUCGCCUGGCAGAUUUACCACCACCAACAGAAAGUCAAGAAACAGAUGCAGUCAGACCCACAUAAGUUGGACUUUGGACUGAAACCUGAGUUCCUGAGCCGCCCUCCAGGCCCCAGCCUCUUCGGAGCCAUCCACCACCCCCAUGACCUGGCCCGGCCUUCAACUUUGUUCUCUGCUACUGGUGCUGCACACCCAACCGGGACCCCCUUUGGGCCACCUCCUCAUCACAGCAACUUUCUCAACCCUGCUGCUCACCUAGAGCCUUUUAAUCGGCCGUCUACGUUCACAGGCCUUGCGGCAGUCGGUGGCAAUGCCUUUGGGGGACUUGGAAACCCUUCAGUUACACCCAACUCAAUGUUCGGCCACAAGGAUGGCCCCAGUGUGCAGAGCUUUAGCAACCCUCACGAACCCUGGAACCGGCUGCACCGAACGCCUCCGUCGUUCCCGACCCCUCCGCCCUGGCUGAAGCCAGGGGAGCUGGAGCGCAGCGCGUCCGCUGCAGCUCAUGACAGAGAUAGAGAUGUAGAUAAACGAGACUCAUCUGUUAGUAAAGAUGACAAAGAAAGGGACAGCGUUGAGAAGAGACACUCCAGCCAUCCUUCACCAGCACCUAUCCUCCCGGUGGGCGCCCUGGGACAUAACCGCAGCUCCGCGGAACAGAUGAGGGGUCAUUUGAACACUGAGGCUCGCGAGAAAGACAAACCCAAAGAGAGGGAGCGAGAGCACUCGGAAUCACGCAAGGACCUCGCUGCCGAGGAGCACAAGGCGAAGGAGGGCCACGCGCCCGAGAAGGACGCGCACGGCCAUGAGGCACGUGCCGCGGGCGAGGAGGCCAAGCAGGGGCCCCGCGCGCCCUCGCCUUUCCCGCGCGCCCCCGCGGCGGAUGGCGCCCGGCCAGGUAGCACCUCGAGCCGUGAGACCGAGCCACGCAAAGGUGAGGCAGCCUAUGAGCACCCCAGGAAGAGCUCGGAAGUCAAGGUGAAGGAGGAGCGCAAGGAAGACCACGACCUGGCCCCAGAGGCCGCCGCUGCGGCCGCCUCCGCCGCACAAGCGCACCGGCCCUCAGAGCCGCCACCGCCCAGCUCCUCGGCGGGUGUGCACGCGGGGCCGCUGGCAUCCAUGCCCAUGACGGUGGGGGUGACGGGCAUCCACCCCAUGAACAGCAUCAGCAGCCUGGACAGGACUCGCAUGAUGACACCCUUCAUGGGCCUCAGCCCCAUCCCGGGGGGCGAGCGCUUCCCAUACCCCUCUUUCCACUGGGACCCCAUCCGGGAUCCCCUGAGGGACCCCUACCGGGAGCUGGACGUGCACCGACGGGAUCCGCUGGGCAGGGACUUUCUGCUGCGCAGCGACCCCCUGCACAGGCUGUCCGCCCCGCGGCUCUACGAGGCCGACCGCUCCUUCCGGGAUCGGGAGCCGCACGACUACAGCCACCACCACCACCACCCCCACCCCCCGCUGCCCGUGGACCCAAGGCGUGAGCAUGAGCGGGGCGCGCACCUGGACGAGCGCGAGCGCCUGCACCUGCUCCGUGAGGACUACGAGCACCCGCGGCUGCACGCCGUGCACCCUGCCGCCCUCGAUGGACAUCUGCCACACCCCGGCCUGCUGGCGCCGGGGCUCCCAAGCAUGCACUACCCCCGCAUCAGCCCCACCGCGGGCCACCAGAAUGGGCUGCUGAACAAGACCCCGCCCACAGCGGCUCUGAGCGCGCCCCCACCGCUCAUCUCUACACUGGGGGGCCGCCCAGGGUCCCCACGCAGGACUACCCCGCUAUCCGCGGAGAUCCGGGAGAGGCCCCCGUCGCACACGCUCAAGGACAUCGAAGCCCGAUGAGGGUACAGGAAGGCCUGGACGACGUGGGGCGGGUGAGGGAGAUAGCAGAGCUGCGGAGAGAACCGCCUCCCUCCAGGACUGUGGGUGACAGCAGCACUCCCGCCCCUGUACAGUGUACAGACUCCGCGCAGAUUUUGAAAUGUUUUUGUAUAUUAUAUGUUGAAAUUUUUCAGAUCAACUCCUAUGCCCUCAUGUCUCCUCCCUUUUUUUGUUCCUUCUAUGACUUUUUGAUUUGAACCAAAACAGUGAAGAGGACAACACACACCAGUCGGAUGCUAGUGGGGGUGGGGGAGCCCGCACGAUCGGCACGCAGAGCUCUUUGAGAGGGGAAGGGAAGGCCGUGUGUACAUAGUGUGUAAAAAAGAUUGCUUCAUGAGCUGAUGGUUCAUAUAUGCAAAAGGGUAAGAUGAAAGCUUUACUUUGUACAAAUGUAAAUAGAUAAAGAUUAAGUAACAUAAUACGUUAAUACUUCUUAAAAUGUGCUAUUUGCAAACCUGGUAUCAGUGAGCACAGUCCGCUAAGGCCGUGUUCCCGUAUAUUGUUAGAGACAGCUAAACCCUUCAACUAUGCAAUGAAUGUUAGGGCUUUUCACAAAAGCCCGCCUAACUCAAAGGAGCCUUUUCAAAUCCAUUUACAACAUACUUAAGGUCAUAUUUUCCCUAAACAAGCGCUUACGUGAUACGACUCUGUUUUCCUUGCUUGUUUUUUUUCAAAUGGCGAAACACCUUAUUUCGCACAUCGGACCAGGCUGGAACUUAGCCUCCGAAGUUGCUGCUUGUGGGCUGAGGGGGCAGGGGGAGGGCGCACCCCGGUUAGGUAACUGAGGACAGGAGCAACCAGUGCUGGGGAGGCUGGGGUUUGUCAGGUGCCAGCCUCAGGGCGGGUGGAGGUGUCCGUCAGAGGCAGGCUGCCAGCACCUUUGCUCCGUGGGUCCUAUGUUUCGCACACACCUCACGUGAGAACCAUUCCUUUUCAGUGUCCUAUUUCCUCUCCGUGCACACUUCCUCGUUGCGUAUCGCAAUUAAUGACACCCAAACAGAUCCUGAAAGAAAGCUUCACGUUUUCUCCGAUGAUGGAUAUGUUUUCACUGUAAUCGCUAACUGACGAAUUGGAGGUGCACGUUUCCCAGUGUGACUCGUGGUCCAGUUAGUCUUAUUAAACUGUAUUUCUGGGAAUAGCUGAAACAGGUCGGCCUAGUGCAGCCUGCGAGAAUUACAGAGGGUGAAAGGUGGCAGAGAAAAGUCUUGUAUGUGCGUGUGUUUUUGAGUUGGCAUCAAUCUUAUUGUCUCUUCAUAAUACUUUUAUAAUACAUUAAGCCUCUUGUCUACAUAUUUGGAGAGAAUAUGACUUUACUAGCAGAGAAAUACAAUAUAUCUUGUCUACUGGACUGUAAAAUACAUGUAUGAAAUAAAAUUAGUUCCAUUUGGUCUUCUAGUAUAUUAAAGUGCUAUCUGACGUUGUUAUCCUGUUUUUGCAAAAAAAAAAAAAAAAAGUUAACUACAGACCAUUGUUUCUAAUAAGCAGAGAGAUCUAUUUUAGUAGUAAACUGAAGGUUUAGUUGUGAGCUUCAGAUUUUGUGAACACCAGAUGUUGUGCAGUGUUUUUUUGUUUGUUUUUUUUUUUUUUUU